GGCGGCGAGGGCCAGGAGCCCACCCGCCGCCUCCGCCUCCGCCUCCCUCCCCGCCCCGCUGGAGCUCGGCCCGCCCCGCGGCCUCCCGGAAGCCGGCGGCGGCGCGGGGCCUGCAGUGGCGGAGGAGGCGGAGGCGGAGGCGGAGGGCGGCCGAUGGAGGAGGCCUCGUCCGGGCGGGGGCGCGAUGCUGUCGCUGGGGCUGCCCUGGCGGGCCUGGAGCUGGAGCUGGCGGCGGCAGCAGCAGCAGCAGCAUGAGCAGAGGAGCCGCAGCAGCAGCCCCGCCGCCGAGGCCAUGGAGGCGGAGCGGGCGCUCGAGGUCUACGAUAUUAUCCGAACUAUACGGGACCCAGAGAAGCCCAACACUUUAGAAGAACUGGAUGUGGUAACAGAAAGUUGUGUCGAGGUGCAUGAAACCGACGAAGAUGAAUUUCUGGUUACAAUCAGGUUUACACCAACGGUACCUCAUUGCUCUUUGGCUACUCUCAUUGGGCUGUGUUUGAGGAUCAAACUUCAGAGAUGUUUGCCUUUUAAGCACAAGCUGGAGAUCUACAUAUCGGAGGGAGCACAUUCGACUGAGGAGGACAUCAACAAGCAAAUCAACGACAAGGAGAGAGUCGCAGCAGCCAUGGAGAACCCAAACUUGCGGGAGAUUGUGGAGCAGUGUGUCCUGGAGCCUGACUAGCCACUGAUCUCCUUGGCACCUUUUGUAUUCCUAUGGAGGCCUUGAACUGAAUGUGGGAGAGUUCUUUGUACCUCCUGCAUAUCCUUGAAAGAAUAACUUUAUACCGAUCCAUUUUCAUUCGCAAGAGGGUCGCGUUUAGAUCAAGCUUACGUGGAUCGUAAAGGGAUGUGGAGGACUUAUAAUCUUGGUUGAGAAGAUACUUUGUAGGAAAACUGUGAACCAGUUCUGUUGCCACCUCGCGCAUAUGCAUUGUAAUUUUAAACACAGAUCUGAUUUUGAAGGUUUGAUUUUUGCACUUUGCUGUGGUGGAGUGUCUUUGAAUAACUGCAUUGUGAAAGAUUAAUUUUUUUAAAGUGC